ACAGACACCUAUACUUCUUCUUUUACUACUAAAAGCUUGGAGUUUCUACUUGAUUGUACCACCUGUCAAGAUUGAUUCCUUUUUGUGACUUGAGUUCAAUCCUCCUUUGCGUUCUAAUCCCCUAGGUUUUUCCCCCUAUUUUGUACCUGUCGUAUAAGUCCACAAACGCAAAUGGCUUUAGAUACUAUAGAUUUCACCGUCAUCGGCGCCUUGGUGUUGAUGGCCGUGCUUUACUUCGCCAAAGACUACGUGUUCCCCAGCGACGAUGGCACCAAUGCCGGCUUCACCGCCAACAUCGGUGGUAAGUCUCGAGACUUGGUUGAGACCAUCACCAAGAACAGUAAGAACUGUGUGAUUUUGUACGGAUCCCAGACCGGGACCGCCGAGGAAUAUUCCCACAAGUUGGCCAAGGAAUUGAGCAGCAGAUUCAGCUUGAAAACAUUGGUUGGGGACUUGUCCGAUUUCGAUUACGACAACUUGAACGAGGUUUCCGACUCGGUGUUGGUGUUCUUUGUACUUGCAACCUACGGAGAAGGUGAACCCACCGAUGACGCGGUCGAGUUCUUUGACUACUUGGAGAACGAGGCCGACGACUUGUCGAGCCUCAAAUUUUGUGUGUUCGGUUUGGGUAACUCCACCUACGAAUUCUACAAUGAGAUAGCCAAGAAGGCUCAGAAGAAAUUGGAAGAGUUAAAUGCCACUCCCUUUGGUCUCUUUGGCUUGGGAGAUGAUGGGGUUGGAAGCUUGGACGAAGACUUUUUGGGUUGGAAGGACUCGCUUAUGGAAUCGUUGAAAAACGAGUUGAACUUUGAAGAACACGAAGUGUCAUACCAACCAAGUUACGAGUUGGUUGAUGAACUUACUUUGACUGUUGAUAGUGAAGAGGUUUCUUUGGGUGAACCAAACAAGUCGUAUUUGGACUCGACCAAGGACUUGACCAAAGGACCUUUUGACCAUUCCCAUCCUUACUUGGCCCCAAUCACUGCUUCUCGCGAAUUGUUCAGCUCCAACGACAAAAACUGUAUUCAUGCCGAAUUCGACUUGUCCGAUACGAACUUGAGAUACACCACCGGUGACCACUUGGCUAUCUGGCCUUCGAACUCGGACUACAACAUCAGCAACUUUGUAAAGGCAUUUGGCUUGGGAGGUAAAUUAGAUGAUGUUUUCAGCUUGAAGCCUUUGGACUCAACCGUUUCAAUUCCUUUCCCUACUCCAACUACCAUCGGGUCCGUGUUGAGACACUACUUGGAAAUCUCAGGGCCUGUUUCUAGACAGUUUUUCACGUCUAUUGCUGGUUUUGCUCCAAGUGAUGCGGUUAAGGCUUAUGCCAUCAAAUUGGGUGGUGACAAAGCCUUGUUUGCAAGCGAAGUUUCUGCUCACAAGCUCAACAUAGCCGAUGCCGUGUUGAAGAUUUCCAAUGGGGUUGCGUGGGAAAAGGUUCCAUUUGAGUUUAUUAUCGAAACUCUUGGCCACUUGCAACAAAGAUACUAUUCCAUCAGUUCAAGUUCAUUGAGUGAAAAAACCUGUAUUCAUGUGACUGCCGUUGUUGAGACUGAAAAGGUCGAGUCUAGGUAUGUCACUGGUGUGGUUACAAACUUGUUGAGACACAUUCAACUCGAACAGAAUAACAAGACAGAGAAGCCGGCUGUCACUUAUGAUUUGAAUGGGCCUAGAGACAAGUUUCUCAAAUAUAGAUUACCAGUUCAUGUCAGAAGAUCCACCUUCAAGUUGCCAACCAACCCCAAAACGCCAGUUAUUUUGAUUGGUCCCGGUACUGGAAUUGCACCAUUCAGAGGAUUUGUCAGAGAAAGAGUUGCCAUCAAGAAGUCUUCUGAUGCUGAACUCGGUAAAACUUUGGUGUUCUUUGGAUGCAGAAACUCCAAUGAAGACUUCUUGUACAAAGAAGAAUGGCCCCAAUACUCCAAGGUGUUGGGAGACACUUUCGAAAUGCAUACUGCCUUUUCGAGAGAAGAUCCAACAAAGAAGGUUUACGUACAGCACAAGUUGACUGAAAAUGGCGCAAAAAUCGCUGCUUUGUUGAAAGAAGGUGCUUUUAUCUACGUUUGUGGAGAUGCUUCCAAAAUGGCCAGAGAUGUCCAACACAGUUUGGUGGAAAUCUUGGCCAAGGACAGAGAUAUCACUGAAGAAAAGGCAGCUGAGCUCGUUAGAAGCUACAAGACUCAAAACAGAUAUCAAGAAGAUGUAUGGUAGAAGUAUAAUAUUAAUAUAAAACUUUUCCAACAGCAUGUCGAACGCUGGGUAAGUUUAUAUGUACAGAUACAACUAAAUGAAUUAGGUUGGCUUAUCGUUUAAUGCAAUAUCUCCACGUAGGGUUCGAAGAGUUAUAUAUGGGUUGUAAUUGAUGCUCGAUAUUCAACCAAUGCUUGUACUUACUUUUGGACUUGAGAUCCAAGUCGUAAAUAUUGCUUGUCAAAAGGUACUUUCCAUUAUCGAUAGUGAUGAGAUUGUUAACGUUAUUAUGGCUGUUGUGGAUGUUGUUGUUUCGAUCAUACUUCUCAAACUUGAGAAACAACCCUACAUCUCGAAGCGUCAUCACGAGCCAGAGGUUCACUGAUACAUCGUUCGGUGACGUCAAGUUCUCUAUCAAGUCAUUUUUGUCGUUAAUUUUCUGGUACUGCUUGAGUUUUUGAAACACAUUUUUGGGACUCUGCAAAUAUUGCAUGAAAAGCUGCUUAACAGGAAUAUUUUUUUGAAUUUGUUGUACCAAGUCGUCAGGAACAGCCUUGAACACAUCAUCGAGUCCUUCUUGUAAGGCCUCAGGGUACAAAAAGUCUAAGGGACAAAAGUGUCGUUCGAAUCCUCUGAGUUGAUUCAACAGGCACGUCCGACAAUAGUUAUUGUUCUUAUUGUCAUAAAGCCAUUUAGGCUUCAACUCAAGGGUGAUGGCAUUAAAUUGAUCGUCAAAAUACAAGUUGCAGUUCUUUGACAACGCCUGUUUGUUAUUCUCUCCUUCUAAGAUGUUCGGUAGUAACAACCCGUAGCGUUCUUGGAUCAUCAUCUUGUGACCAUUGGAAUCCAAGUUAUGGACAAAUUCGCCCGUCAAAACCACCAAUUGAAUAUCGAUGAUCAUUUCGGGAAAGAGGUGUUUGCAUCGGAGCUCAAUGAAGUCGUACAAUUCACAGGUGGAAAUGUACUGAUCAUCCUCCUUGAGAAGUCUCAAUCGUAAAAGCUUAUGCCUCAAGUAGUCAUUGCUUCCGGUGUACUCAAAAAGGAUAUUGGCAUUUCCCUUGGCAAAGUACUUCCACUCCUGAGGACUCGUGAGUUUAGAGAUCUCCAUGAAUAAUUAACUGUUAAUACAAAGCAACAAUUUGAUUGUUAAAAUUAUUUUCGCACUGGCGUGGCACAUCAACGUUCAAAACUGGUAUGGCCGAUUUUGCAUCCACAAACAUUUAUGUCCGGUAAAUGUCUUCAAUCUCUUGUUUGGUAAACACCCGCUCCCCACGAACUUGUUCAUUGGUGCUGACAAGGAGUUUGCUGGGACCCGAGAUCUGUGCCCAGAUAGGUUUUCCAAACACUCGGUUCACCACGUAG